AUGGCCCUGGUUAUGCAAAGAUUUAAGGAAAUAAUCAGCUAUCAGUUUCCACUGCUAACAACGAAGAGGGUAUUCUGGAAAGGAGUGCUGGAGGAGCUGCUGUGGUUCAUCAAGGGUUCUACAAAUGCCAAAGAGCUCUCUGCAAAGGGUGUGAAGAUUUGGGAUGCUAAUGGAUCACGUGAGUUCCUGGAUAAGCAGGGUUUCAGCACCAGAGAGGAGGGGGAUUUGGGACCAGUUUAUGGAUUCCAGUGGAGGCACUUUGGAGCAGAAUACAAAGAUAUGCACACAGAUUACUCCAACCAAGGAGUUGACCAGUUGCAAAAAGUGAUUGAAACAAUUAAAACCAAUCCAGAUGACAGAAGAAUCAUUAUGUGUGCUUGGAAUCCCAAAGAUAUUUCUCUGAUGGCUUUGCCUCCGUGCCAUGCCCUUUGCCAGUUCUAUGUUCUAAAUGGUGAAUUGUCUUGCCAACUCUAUCAGCGGUCUGGAGAUAUGGGACUAGGAGUGCCUUUCAAUAUUGCCAGCUAUUCACUGCUCACAUACAUGAUUGCCCAUGUCACAGGGCUAAAGCCUGGAGAGUUCAUACACACAUUAGGAGAUGCUCACAUAUAUCUGAAUCACGUGGAACCUCUAAAAGUUCAACUUCAGCGGGAGCCAAGACCUUUCCCCAAACUGAGAAUUCUUCGUAAGGUUGAAGACAUCAGUGACUUUAAGGCAGAAGACUUUCAGAUUGAAGAUUAUAAUCCUCAUCCACCUAUUAAAAUGGAGAUGGCUGUUUAAUGCUAUAAACCAGCUUCUAUUCAUGUGGAAAUGUACCUGAGCUACUUAGCUUUCUUUGUACUUGAAGUUAGGGGUUUUUAUAUACUUCAGGAGAUACACACUUUAUUACUGAUAGAAAGAAACAGAUACUAGUAGCCCACUACUGCCUUCAGUACUAAACUGUAGUCAUACAGAACAGAUGAUUAUAUAUUCCUUCUGUACUAUGCAGAUGCUAAACCAGUUUAAAGAUGUU